AUGUCUUCGCGCCUCCUUCCGACCACCCUCUUCUCCGGCCUUCUCGCAGCGACGUUCAUUGCGAAGGCCGCCGCUCAUGGCGGUGACGACACCAACGGCAUGGAUAUGAGCAUGGACGGCUCCAUGGACCUCGCCGCGGGCAACAUGUUGAUGUGGUUCCACUUCACCCCCGGCGACGUCCUCUGGUUCUACGGAUGGGUUCCCCGCAGCACCGGCGCGAUGGUGGGGACGUGCAUUGGGCUCUUCCUCCUGGCGUUGAUCGACCGCUGGAUCGCGGCAUGCCGAGGAGUCAUGGAGACGCAUUGGCACAAGCGGGCGCAGAUCGUCCAGGCGGAUCGUAUCAACGCGCGCAACGAGAAGAGCGCCGGCGGCGUCGCUCGCGUCCGCGACAUGGUCUCCAUGCGCAACGGCCCGCCGUUCAUCCCGGCCAACGACCUAACUCGGGGAGUCAUGCACGCCGCGCAGUCUGCGCUGCACUUCGCCAUCAUGCUGGCCCUCAUGACCUUCCAACUCGCGUUCUUCAUUUCAAUCGUCAUCGGACUCGGUGUUGGAGAGGCUCUGUUCGGUCGCUUCGGUAGCCACGGAGGGCAUUAG